CUGCUGCCCGUGACGUCAGCGCGCCCCCGGUGACGCAUGGACGGCGGCGGGGCGGGGGGAGGAGGCCUCGGCGGCGGCGGGGCCGGACAUGGUCCAGGUGUUGCUGUGCAGCUGGAUGUUGCUGAAUAGCAUUUCUAUGAGCUUGCUGUUCAGUCUGUCUCCUGUUCAGAAUGGCAAAGAACCCUAAUUUCCCCGAAGCAGGGAACCUGCCUACAGGCUACGCUCACUGUAGGUCUUCAGAGAGCUUCUCUGGCUACCAGUACCACCACCCCUGCAAGAUGAGUAACAGCCACCCGCUCCGUCCCUACACGGCCGUGGGGGAGAUCGACCACGUUCACAUUCUGUCAGAGCACAUUGGAGCUCUAAUGAACGGGGAAGAAUACAGUGACGUUACCUUUAUUGUGGAGAAGAAGCGGUUUCCAGCACACAGAGUGAUCCUGGCUGCUAGGUGCCAUUAUUUCAGAGCAUUACUGUAUGGAGGAAUGAGGGAAUCUCAGCCUGAAGCAGAAAUUCCUCUUCAGGACACCACUGCAGAAGCAUUUGCAAUGCUGUUGAAAUAUAUUUACACUGGUCGUGCUACGCUACGAGAUGAGAAAGAAGAGGUUCUUCUUGACUUCCUAAGCCUAGCACAUAAAUACGGAUUCCCAGAACUGGAGGAUUCCACGUCUGAGUAUCUUUGCACAAUACUUAAUAUUCAGAAUGUCUGUAUGACUUUUGAUGUUGCCAGUCUUUACUCUCUUCCCAAAUUAACUUUUAUGUGCUGUAUGUUCAUGGAUAGAAAUGCCCAAGAGGUGCUCUCCAGUGAAGGCUUCCUGUCACUUUCUAAGGCUGCUCUUCUAAGUAUUGUACUGAGAGACUCAUUUGCAGCUCCUGAAAAGGACAUUUUCCAAGCUUUGAUGAACUGGUGCAAACAUAACCCCAAGGAAAACCAUGCUGAGAUCAUGCAGGCAGUACGUUUGCCACUAAUGAGUCUAACAGAACUACUGAAUGUUGUAAGACCUUCUGGAUUGUUGUCACCUGACGCCAUCCUAGAUGCCAUUAAGAUUCGUUCUGAGAGUCGGGACAUGGACCUCAACUACAGGGGCAUGUUAAUACCAGGGGAGAAUAUUGCAACAAUGAAGUAUGGAGCACAAGUUGUAAAAGGGGAGCUGAAGUCUGCUCUACUGGAUGGAGACACUCAGAACUACGACCUGGACCAUGGAUUCUCUCGCCACCCCAUCAACGACGACUGCCGGUCCGGAAUUGAGAUUAAACUAGGCCAGCCCUCAAUAAUCAACCACAUCCGAAUCCUCCUGUGGGACAGAGACAGUCGGUCUUAUUCCUACUACAUCGAGGUGUCCAUGGAUGAGUUGGACUGGAUUCGGGUUAUCGAUCACUCGAAGUAUCUCUGCCGGUCCUGGCAGAACCUGUACUUCCCUGCCCGUGUCUGCAGGUAUAUUCGAAUUGUUGGGACACACAACACAGUGAACAAAGUUUUCCAUAUUGUGGCAUUUGAAUGCAUGUUCACGAACAAAUCCUUUACUCUUGAGAAAGGUCUGAUAGUUCCCACUGAAAAUGUUGCAACAAUUGCAGACUGUGCCAGUGUGAUAGAGGGUGUAAGUCGCAGUCGCAAUGCCUUAUUGAAUGGAGACACAAAAAACUAUGACUGGGAUUCUGGAUACACAUGCCACCAGCUUGGGAGCGGAGCUAUUGUAGUGCAGCUGGCACAGCCCUACAUGAUAGGAUCAAUACGGCUGCUGCUUUGGGACUGUGAUGAUCGGAGCUACAGCUACUACAUUGAGGUUUCAACGAAUCAGCAGCAGUGGACCAUGGUGGUGGAUCGCACAAAGAUUUCCUGCAAAUCCUGGCAAACAAUCACUUUUGAUAAACAGCCUGCAUCUUUUAUCAGAAUAGUUGGAACUCGCAACACCGCUAAUGAGGUGUUUCACUGUGUGCAUUUUGAGUGCCCAGCACAAAACAGUACCCACAAGGAGGAGAGUAGUAAGGAAGUAGCAACAACAGAGGUGGGGACUGGUGGACAGUAAUUUGUUUCUCGCCCUGUUGGAGCUGCAAGCACCGGGUUCCCUGCAUUCCCCUCCUGGAUCCACCUUGCAUCCUCAUAUUCACCAACCAUAAAGGAGGUUGAAAGGGAGCUUUUGCAGCCCCACUGACAUUCUGUGAAAUUGUUCAGAACCUUCUUGUGCUGGCACCUUUUCUUUGUGAAUGAAUGGGACCUUCAUGUGCUGGAAGUUGGAAGUACUGAAAUGGGAAAGGCUUUUCCCCAAGGACAUGAAGAGACUGUUUCACUCUCCUCGAUAUGUUCAAAUCAGGCUGGUCUCCAAGGGGGGAGAAAAUAGGUCUUCAGUCUUCAUCAAGUACCCCAUUAACACCCUACCUCUCUAAUCUAACCAAGGCAAGGAAAACAGAAGGAAAUAAAAGGCAGAGCUACAGUGGAAAUCGAAAAUAACUCAAGCAGAAUGGAAAGCAUAUGAAAUAAGUAUUUGUUCCCUGAAGGCUUUUAUUAGCAAAAAAAUGUUUAUGGAACACAUCAGUCCAGAAUAUAUUUUAUUUUUAAAGUGAUUCUUCAUCCAUAUUGCUUUGUAACUAGUAAUUUGUUUUCUAAAUAAUUUUGAUUCUGUAUUCCACUUAGCUUCUUAUUUUUGGCUAUAGCAAAUGCUGUACAGUAGAUUAAGGAAGUAUCAGACAUGUUUACCUGCUGAGAUGCAAAUUCUCUCAUUCAUCAGUGGGAGGACAAGAAAAGCUUCAUGAUAUCAACAAACUAAUUAAUGCAUCUAUAUUAAUCUUGACCUUAGUUGACUUUUCAAAGUACAAAAUUGUCAUUUCCUUCAUUCAAAAGGAAGUUUCUAAAUCAAACAUCCGUCUUGAAGAAAAGUGUAUUUUUUCACUCCUGGGGACAAUUAUUUAAAUUUUGUUUGCCUAGGACAACUUGCAACAGAACAUCAGAAAUGUUUGGUUUAGAAAAGUGGAACUCCAUCUGGUCACUGACAAGCAGUUUUUCAAAUACCAAAAGAAGAAUUUGCCGAUGAUUUACAUUUUUCCAAGAAGAGUUGUUUUACAGUCUGGAGCUGAAAAUUCAAAGGCUGUGUAUGCAUUAACAUUUCUCACAAUCUUCAUAAAAUGUGAUGCUUUUGCACCGUAUUGUGAAAGAUCUGGUUCUUACUUUACAGUCACAGAAUUCAUUUUCCAUCCAUGUCUGUCUGGAUUACAUUGGCUGCUACUUUGCUUACUCUGUUUUCACACUGAUGAUGAUGUAGUCUCUUACUAUCCAGAUCUGCAUGACUUUUAGGAAGAACUCCAUGUUGGUCUUUCAGUAUGGGAUAAAGAGAUUUUGUAUUAAGACAAAUGCUGAUGUAAUUGGCAAAAUUGAUUAGGAUGCUUGUUAGCUCCUUACAAAGUAUAUUAUAUUGAAAAUGUCAGCUAACCAGUUUUAUGAACUUGGAAUUUCCUGUGGUGAUAAAUAACCUUGUCAGAAGAAAACAAAGCUAGUGCAGGAUAAAUACGGUUUUCCUUUAUAUAACCAUAGUGAUAAAAUAAGUUAUAUCAACAUAGCAAAUUGUAUGUUAAUUUAUCACACUACUUAAUUUGAAGUAAUUUCCCUGUUGGAUACUAGUUGUGCUAAACCCAAGAAGAAAUAUAAUCAGGGGUAGCAAUGGAUCAGAGGAUAUUUCAAACAAGAAAAGCAUCCCUUUUCUUUCAAAUAAAAUUGAUUAGGCUUUAUCAAUAACAUUAUAGUAUUUUUCAUUGCCAAAUUACAGUUUAGUUCUGACAUUUACGUACAGUUCCCUCCCUUGUCACUGCUGUGUUCUGACUUGUGAAUGUCUCUUGGUGAAGAUGGAUGCUGUACAAAGCUUGUAAUUCAUGUGCCACAGCUGCCUUAGACAGUGCAGAGUUCUGAGGCAGGAUACUGCUUGUGCCAGCCACCUCCCAGUCUGCAGGGCUGAUCACCUUAUGGCCAACAGCCUUUGGAGCACGCAAGAAUUGAGACCAGCUACUGAGGACACCGCUCUCAUGUUUAUGCAUAAGUGCAAAAAGUUGGAGAUUUUUUUUCCUUUAAAAGCACAAAACUUUUUCAGUUGCAAUCCAUGCUGGAGCUACUGAGAUCCUGGAGCAUGUCUUCCUUUUGGUAGAUAAGUCCUUGCGUGGCAGGGGUGGUAUUUGCAGUUCCAUCAAACAAGUCUGCUUUUUUCAAACUGUGGAUAAGCAAAUGGCAUAACUUCCUAGCUGUUAGUAUUUAGUAGCCACCAUUGUAGAGAAUGUGAAAAAUCUAAAAGCAAAAAAGGUUGUGCCAUCUGUUAUGAGCCUAGGCUCUCAGAGAAAGAAUGGAAUUUUUCCAUUUGUAAUCUUUGAUGUGCAUCAUAAUUUUUAUGAUACAAAUAAGUCUUGUAGGCUAUAACGUAUGGAAUAUCUGUUUGAUCUUGUCCUGUAACUCAUUGUGGAACAAAAAUGUCUCUUUAUUUCCCAUGACAUUCACUCUCUGCCAAGAAUCUGGAUGAACAUAUCUGAGAUCCCCAAGGCAAAAACUCUGAGGUCCUACAGACCCUUCAGUUUCCUACCUCCAUAAAUCAAUAAAAAGAAGAACCAACUUUGCAUUGUCCCUUCAUGCAGGUGAAUAUCAAUUUUUACUAUUAGACUUCUCAGUCAUAAUGGCCUUUUUCUGAGUCUUUAUUUUGUUUGGAGUUGCUCUGAGAACCUGACAUCAGUGUGAUCACAGUGAGCUUGCAGGCUUUUUAAGGCCCUUCCACAAGCCCUUCACACUUGGAACUCCUGCCCUCUUUAUUUAAAGAUAUAAUGUUUACAGAGAGCUGAACUCCACUGGGUCUUCUAAUAUUGCCCACCAACAAACACCCCUAAUACCUGUAUUGCCUAGAAGAGGUCUCUUGUCUUAAACAUUGUGUCAGCAAUGUAUUAGUAGUGACAAAGGAGGAUACAACACAACUGAUUUGUGGUUUUGUGUGAAUGUUCUCAUUCUUUCUAAUUAUUGUCUGUAUUUUUUGACUCCCAAGUUCAGAUGUAUUUCCUGUGUAUUCCUCUGAAGUUGUGGAUUUUUUCUUUUCUUUUCUAUCUUUGCUUUUCCUUUCAGUGAAAGUAACUUGUGCUGUUAUGGUGUACUAUUAGAGUUUAUCAAAGCAAUGAAAUGCUGAAAUUAUUCAGAACUGUGUAGUCAGUCUUAUUCUAUCAAGGUUAGAGCAGAACUGACCAGGUACUCAUUGCUUUCUUAUCAGAAACUAUAAAAUAGACCUGUUGUUAGAGUUUUCCAUAAUGGAAAUAACUGUACUGACAAUAGUGAGCAAUUGACUUUAUUUGGUACUUCAGUAUCUUUAAAUUCCCCAGGCCUCCUUUUCUCGAUUUUACUUCCAUAGGUUGAAUUCAGGUUUAGACUCAACUCACAUGGAGCUCAGCUAAGGCCUUUCUAAAAUCUUUUUAUUUAGUUAACAUUUUCCAAAUGAAAAUAAAAGGGUUUUUUAUUCACAGAAUGUAGGGGGAAACUAUUAUCUGAGGAAAUUAAUUUUUGGAGUGAGCAAACAUUGUGCAGCUUACUUUUUUCAAGAUGCUUUUCAAGCCAUUUCCAAUCAGCUUUUAAACGAGUUCAAAUGGCUGUUAAAUGGAAUUACAAUGAGAGAAGUUAACACAAGUCUAAUGUAAAAGACAAUACAGAGGAGAAAUCACUAAUUUUGUUAGAGUAAGAACUUUUUCAUUGCAGUUUCCUUGCUUCAGAGCUCCAUUUCUUUCUUCUUCUUUCCAUGAAAAGCAGUUUUUCUUACUCAUUAUGACAACUCAUGUAAGAGCUCAGUGCUUCUCAGCAUCGCUGAAAAAUUCAGUUAAAUGCAUCUUCAUCUGUACUAAUGACAAUAUUAGAGAAUUUUUAAUUGAGUACCUGACUUGAUGCAAGUUGGUUCCCAUGAAAGAAAGCAAAAGAAGUCUGUAAUUGUUUCAGUCUAAUGAAAUUUUCAGUACAAAAAUUAGAUGACAAAGUUAAUGACAUUCUUGUCUGAUUGUUGUGUCAUCAUAGUUCUGGUUAUAAAGUGACGCUCACUCAGAGAUGCUUAAUAAGGAAUUAGAACUUUGAUUUCACAAGCUAUAGAUUGCAUUUCUCUUUGAGUAUAUUAAUUGGCUUAUAUUUUGACAGGUGUUAGUCUACUGUCAAAUAAACAAGUGAAUGCAUUGGUAAUUUUGUUGUUGUGGCUAGAGUAGUGAGCAAAUGAUAGAGCUAGUAGGAGUUAAUAUAUCCAAGAAUAAGUGUUUAGACUUGUGCGUCAUCAUAUCAGUUGCCAGAAGACUAAACCAUGCUUCAGAAAAAAAAUUAAAAAUAAAAAAUAAUUGUGGAUCCCAGAGGAUGCUUGAGGCCUGGUUUCCAUGCCCAUCUCUCAGUCAGUGCUUCUGUUUAGGUUAGAGUCGUUAGUUCUCCCUGAACUGAUUGUUGUUGUUGUCAGUUGUGCUAGUUAACUCAUCUGUGUAAGUGGAAGCUCCACAGAGCUUUGUUCGGGAUACAGAAGUAAAGGUCCUGGGUCAAGUUUUAGGGCUGCUUAAAUAUUCAUACAACUAUAUAUAUGUAUAUGUAUAUUUAUAUGUAUAUGUAUACAUAUGUGUGGAUCUAUAUAUAUGUGUGUGUGCAUGUGCAUUAAAUUGAGGCUGUAGCUAAUUAUUUAGCUUGCAUUUAGAAUAUGUUCUAAAGCUCCAAAAUGAAAAAAAAAAAAAUUCUAUGCAGGCAGGUGUGAAAUGCUGCUGUUGUGAUAUGGCAGGAUGCUGGUUACUUUAAAAGUGCAAAUGUCUAAAAAAGGUACAGGCAAACCAAUCCAAAGUUUCUGUCCAGUUGUUAAAUGUUGGCCAUUUGGCUGUAGCGAGGUGUAUACAAUAUAAAGCAAAUUAAAUGCUCUUCUCAAAGAUGGGUGCAGUCUGAAGAACAUAGAUAUUCCUCCUUAGCUACCUUGUCUGCCGUUGCUUGCAGUGUUUACAGAGUGAUCCUUCAUAGGACUUCUGUUAAGUGCUGAAAAAACUCUGCAGUCUUUUUGGUCCUCAUCAAGCUUUCAUUGCAAAGCUUUGGCUGGGUUAAUGACAAAGUCCUACUCACAUUCCAUGGUGGAAUCUGGGUCUGAAAAGUUUUAAAAAGUUACAUGAAAACUUUUAUAAUCACUCAGCAAUUUUCUUUAGAUUAAAAAAAAAGCCCAAAUUAAAAGUGCAGCAUAGUAUGGGGAAACUGCAGGUAUCUGUCAUAUGGCCAUGUCCUGACUGCCUGUGCAACCACAUACCCAUUGUAUCAUGCUGUAUGUGUUUAAUUACUAUGGUAUGCCCAGAUGGUGGAAGGGGAGAAUGAGCUCCAUACAACUGUGACAUUAUCCAUUUUCACACACCCAGUCAUUAGAGAGAUACUGUUCCUUGCAGCCUAAUACAAUAAUACAACUCAGUGUUCUGAAAAAAUUAUAAUUGAUUCCUUACAUGAAUGUAAUGGAAUUGAAGUUCAGAUUACUAAAUAUUUGAAUGGGUGGUGGCAUCAUUUAUACCCUGCACAGGUAUAAACAUGCCCCUCUUACUACUUUAGGCCCUGGGCUAUCACAGAGGAAGAAAGCUGCACUAUUGGUUAAAUGAACUUUAAUUCAUCGUUUUUGUACUUCUCAUCUUGGCACAUCUAUUCUCUUUGUGCAGCUGCUCAGUUAAAACAAGUUUCUCAUCAUUUUCAGAAUUGUCCUCUGACUCCUGAAAAGUGGCAGAUACACAUCAACAACUUCAGUCAAUUAUAUUAACUGGUCUGAGGAAUUUACAAAAUUAAUCUAAUAUGGUCUUCUACACCAAAUUCUAUGUGUCCAAAAAGUACCAGCCAAGUCCUCAAAUACCAAGUGAGUUGAGCAGUAUUACUGCUCAGAUGAGGGUGUCUAAACCAUGUGCCCUGUAGUCCAAGUGAAGAGUAGUUAUCACAGCAUCUUUCUGUAGAGGAGUCAGGGAAUCACAGAAUGAUGGGAAGGGACCUCAGAGAUCAUGGAGUUCCCACUUCCCUUCCAUGACAGGACAUAUUUCACUAGACCAGGUUGCUCAGAGGCCCAUCCAAGCUGGUCUUGAACACUGCCUGGGAUGGGCAUCCACAAUUUCUCUGGGCAACCUGUCCCAGUGCCUCACCACCCUCACAGUACAGAAUUUCUUCCUAAUACGUAAUCUAAACUUACUCUCUGUCAGUUUGAAGCCAUUGUCCUGCCCCUACAUGUCCUAGUAAAACCUCCCUCUCCAUCUCUCUUGUAGGCUCCCGUUAAGUCCUAGACAGCCGCAGUCAGGUCAUCCCAAAUCCUUCUCUUUUCCAGGCUGAGCAAUCCCAGUUCAGCCUUUCCUCCAUUUAUGUAAUUUGUGGUCUACAUCACCUAUCUGUUAUCUCUGUACUCCUGAGCUUUAGUGCUAGGUGGCAAGAUUUGUGGUUGAUACCUAGAAUCCAGUAAGUGUGUUUAACCACAGAUGUUAUGAAAUUUUUGUCUUGACUCAAAAAUUUUAGUUUGUGCUUUUGAAACAUGGUCAGGCUACAGAAUUGGCUUUUGGGCUAUCUUCUAUAGCUGUCUGUUGGAUUUUUGAGUUAUUUUCAGUUGCUAAAAUAUGGUAAGAGUCCUCUCAGGAAUUUCUCAUAGAGAUUUGUCAUGCUGAGAAAUGGUUUUGAAACAAUCAUGGCAGGUUCAUUGCUGGAGAACAGGGACAGGUUUCUUCUGCUUCGACAGGCCAGGAUCCUGUUUGGGUUAUUAUCUAAGUUUGUUUUUGCCAUUUUUAAUAACAAGGAUGUCACUGUUGUGUGAUCUGGAUCUGUUCCAGAAAUUGUGUCACUUAUUCAUUUUGAGAGGUAAAUACUUAAAUGAAUGUUUUUAUGCAGUAAUAAAAAGCUCAUGAGGCUUGGAUUAUUAGAUUAGAAAUAUUGCUUAAAGCAAGAGCUGGAGUUGCAAAAAGAGCAGUUUGGGGGAAAGAAGGACUGAUGUGGAAUUAUGUGGUUGCAUUUGUGAAUAUAUAGCAAUGGAAAUGUAUGUGUUAAGCAAGUUGAGAGACUGUUUGCCAAGAGGUGUUUCUAUAAGACCUUUUUGUGUUUAAAAAUGGAAUUUCGUUAAGGAAUUUAUCACUCAUCUGAAUAUGAGUGCUAAAAGAGAACAUAGGAAGUGAGGCUUUAGUAGUUUUUAUGGCAAGAGCAACACAAAGAUACAAUUCUUGUGGUUUGAGAUAGUUCUGUUUGUGCCCAAUCUUUCCUGGCCUUACUUUUUUUCUACAUACUUUCCCCAACCUGCUUGUUACUCUUUUUAUUUUCCUCCCUGCAUAGCAUGCUCUUGCUGGGGUGUUCCCUGUAAUUUUCCUCUGUAUUGUGAUGUUUUAGGGAAUUUAAAAAAAUAAUUUUUUUACCUCUUUAUCCUAUGCUGAAUAAAAUAUCGUCAUCCCCUUGAUUCACAUCAGACUCUAAAGGCAACUACCACUAGGCUGUCAAGUGCAAGUGAGCAACAUUUGAAUUUGUCUCUCUAUGGAUGUGUGAAAUACCAGUCCUUUUGGGCCUUUUAUUUCCAUGAUCUGUUUCCAGUCUGUUCCCCUUAAGAGGAAAAUAAGUAAGAAGUUUAUUAUUGACUUAGGAAGUAGGUCAGGUUUUAUGCUGGCUUAUGUAAGUUUACACCUAAAUUUUAAAUAUCUCUUUCUCACCAUGGUACACCAGAUAUACAUUCAAUUUGCUAGUUGUGCAUUGUUCAAGGUGUUAAUUGUACGUAAGUGUUGUUUUCUAAGUAAACUGUAUCAUCCAGAGUGAACCUUGAAAGAAUUCAUAACUUUUCAGUGUCCCUGUGUGAAGAUAUAUCAGCUGUCCAGGGAUCGGAACAUCACCCUGAGCACAUGAACUCAUUUGGUGAAGUACAGCAUUACUUCACAGUUUUGGAACCCAUGUCUAUUAAGCGUGCCCAGUCUCUCCUAAAAUGUUCUUUCCUUUUUGCUUUGCUCAAUUUCACUAUUGUCUUUGAUUUUCUUUUUUAAGUGAAUGUUAAUGUUCAGAGCCAGGCUAAAUAGAAGUUUAGCUUUUAGUGAACUUUUUCACUCAUUCUCUGUUAGUGCCUCCUCUUUCUUGACUGACAGUAACUUAAAUCCAUUUUAUGCUAUGUUGCCCUCCCCUUCUCUUUAGCAAUUAUAAUUGUAUCUUGAAAUUUUUGUGCAUUAAAUCCCUUUCCUUCCUUCUCAUAGAGUGGUUCUAAACUACCUCAGACUUUGUUGUGAACAGGUACAAGUUUCAGCUACAGUUUUUAGCCUUUAUCAUAGUUUUUGAAUGUUCUUUAAGUGCGUGUGUAUGUAGCAGAACCAGCCUGCCAGACCCUGAUUGCAUUUUCAGGAAUACUGUCCCAAGUGAGACAUGCAAUUGGGAUGAAUUCACAGCCACACCUGUUCAGGCUCUCGCUGAUACCUCUUUCAAGAAAAGCUUUUCAGGAGCGCAACUUCUGGUAUGGGAAGUGCUCCAACUUUCUCUUUGAAGGGACAUGAUGCUGCCUGCACUGGACGACUUCCACCUCCCCGUUAUCGUGACAAGCAUCAUAAAACUGCAUCAUCAGGCCUCCAUCCCUGGCUGCAGGAUCCAUGCUAUUGCAUUGGACUGUGCUCAUCAUAUGAGAAUAAACCCCACGUGGUGUGUUCUGAUGACCUUGGUGUCAUUUUAUUGUCAUUUUAUACUGCGGCAGUUGUGCAUUACCAACCCUUUGGGCUAAUUAGGGUUCAAGUGAAAUGGUGGUUGCAGAUUGUGCUGCAGGGAUAACUUUGGGAAUUGUCUGGUUUUGUAAGUAAUCCAUUGAACAACCCGGCAAGCCUCAUUAGUACUGAUUUCCUGUUCACCAGCAGACAUGCACAUCAUCAAACAAGCAUUUUGUAACAUGGAAUUUUCUAUGAGCAUCCGGAAAAAGAAGCAUCCCAAUUAUUUUCUUAGUAGCAGUGUGUGUAUUUGUAAUGAAAGUUUUAGAAUUAUUAAACUGCUGUAAGCUAUUUUGUGCAUGCUCUGGCAUUGUAAUAACAGUUUAUAUUAACUGCUGAUAAGCAGAGGGCUGUGGCAAACAAGGAAGGCUGGCUGUGGAUUUUACAGUUUCAAAAAGCAGCAGAGUGCCAGAGUAGAUGCAGGACCAGACAAUGCUCAAAGCAAAUUAUAAAGUGGAACUGUUGUGCUUUGUAUUUAUUUCUUUGGGGAUUCUUCUUCAAAGUAUUUAACUUCACAGGAAAAUAUAGAGUAUAUUUAAAAUAGUAACAAUUAGAAAUACACCUUUUCAAGAAUGAGAGAGGUGUGAUUUGAAAAAUAAAGUGAUCUUUUGUGCUUAA